AUGGGACGCAGAAAGUCAAAAAGGAAGCCGCCGCCCAAGAAGAAGAUGACCGGCACCCUGGAGACCCAAUUCACCUGCCCCUUCUGUAACCACGAGAAGUCUUGUGACGUGAAAAUGGACCGGGCCCGAAACACUGGCGUCAUCUCCUGUACCGUGUGCCUGGAGGAAUUCCAGACGCCCAUCACAUAUCUCUCAGAACCUGUGGACGUUUACAGCGAUUGGAUAGAUGCCUGCGAAGCAGCCAACCAAUAA